AUGGCAGCAGCAAGACUUUUCCAGCAGUUGGAACCUCAUGUGCUUCAUGUGCCCAAAACUCCAAGUGCUUUCAAGCUGGAGGAGAUCUCCUACACCCCGCCGAAGACCGAAAAGCCGCCCGAGCCACGCAGCAAAUACGAAGUGCCGCCAGAGGAUUGGGUACCUCCAGAUACCUUCCCAGAGAAUCGCUUUCCCAAUGGGCAGCUUAAGCCACACGGUCAAAAGAUGAAAUGUGACAAAGGCAUUGACUUUGCGCAGACCUGCCCCAUUGGCUGGACCUAUGUGCCUAAAGGAUUGAAUGGUCCAGAGUGUAAGGCCCCGCCAAAUUUUUAUACAGAGACCAAUUGGUGCCGACAGCAGCUUACGCAGCGACAAGCUAUCCCCGCAUCCAUAGAUGAGUGGAGGAAGAAGGAACUCUAUGAUGCAUGCUGGUUGCUGUGGCCCUGCCGUGAUUUGAAGCACAACUACCGAAGGCCGUGCCCACAGGGUUGGACUUGGGAGCAAAGCGGUACAUGUUCUGCACCCUAUUUCUAUCGUGGCACCUGUCCAUUCUCCGUCAACCUGCUGAACUACACGAAGGGCAUGAAGGCGACAUUUGCCGCAAACUGUGGGGUUGGUUGGCCAUUGGAUAGCAGCUACGAGCCACAGCCGCCGCCGCUGCCAGCCAAGUAUCCCUCACACGCACCAGGCAAGAAGCCAGCCUGGGAAUGCAAGCGGAACUACAACCGGACGUGCCCAGAUGGCUUCAACUUUGAUGGCGUCAUGUGUCACGAGGAUGGAACCUAUCUUGGGGCCAAUAUGAAGAACUGUGCGCACUUCGAUGCAAGACGCUGGACAGAUGAAAUGAAAGAAGCGUUUGCUGGUCACUGCCAUGUUUGGUGGCCUUGCGUUCAGGGUCCAGGACCAGCCAAAGGCAUGCCAAAUGGGCCUGUCAUUCAAGCCGCUGCUGAUGGAUUAUCUGGAUUGGAGCUGGUGCUGUGGAAGCCAAAGAGAAGCCGAGCCUCGCCAGCCUCGCAGGUCAGGUGCUUCCUUUAG